AUGGUUUCCCUCAAGACUCUCAUUUCUACUAGCCUCUUACUGGCCAAUAUUACCACAGCUCAUCCGGGCGAAAAACAUGACCAUGAGCACAUCAAAAGACAGAUUCAGGCUCGAGACGCCGUGGCCAACCUCGGUCAGAGAUCAUUGAACGCGUGCUCUGGUUCUGAGCAUGCGAAUGCCCUCAAGGCUCGAUCCAUUUCGCGUCGCGCCAAAAAGGUGCAAGAGCUUCGAAAGAAACUCGGUAUCAAGUCUUCUCCCAGAAAACACCGCCGCGAUGAGGACGACAUCAUUGCUUGGGAAGCAGUAAACCACAACAAGACUGGUGUUUCCAAGUACGACAUGUUUACUCCCCUCGAGACAAUCUUUGGCGCCAACUCCAGCUGUAUCUUGUCCCCUGAGAUCACUGCUGGUCCAUACUAUAUCGUCGGCGAAUAUCUACGAUCCAACGUCAUCGAGGAAGAACACUGUGAUGGAGUUCCGGUGUUCCUCGAGGUACAAUACGUCGAUGUGUCUACCUGUGGAGGAGUUCCCAACCUGGCUACCGAUGUCUGGAACUGCAAUGCUACAGGUGUUUACUCUGGCGUGAGCUCCCAGGCUGGCCUCAACACUACGUUCCUCCGUGGCAUCCAGAUCACCGACCACGAUGGUGUGGUUCAAUUCGAGACUAUUUUCCCUGGUCACUACGAAGGUCGUGCUACGCACACUCAUCUCCUCACUCACUCUAACGCAUCGGUUUCUGCCAACGGCACUAUUCAAAACUGGGAUACCCCAGUUUCCCACAUUGGACAACUCUUUUGGCCUGAGAACCUGCGCGAAGAGGUUGAGGCUCUUGCACCCUACAACACCAACACUGUUGAAGUGACCACCAACGAAGAGGAUAUGUGGUCGAUUCUCCAGGCUGACGAGUCCUACGAUCCUUUCCCUCAAUAUGUUUAUCUUGGUGACACCGUUCAGGAGGGAAUCUUUGCCUGGAUUCAAAUUGGUAUCAACACAACUGUGGACUACUCUUCGGACGAAUACUAUGGGGUCGCCGGAUAUUUGGAUGGCAAGGGUGGUCAUGCUUUGGAUAGUGGUAUUGGUGGUGGCGGUCAAGGUGGUGGACCUCCUGGCGGUAGUGGAACUCCCCCUGCAGGCCAACCUACUCCUACCCCCUCGUCCUAG